UAAAUUAAUCCGACAUCCACGUAGAAACAAAGAAAACAAAUGACUAAUCAUAAGAGAUUUUAAGAUCAUCAUUGGUCCCUCUCUGAUGAUUUUCAACCCUUCGCUCUCUUUUCAUUUCAUUUCAUUCUCUCUCUUCUUCUCUUCUUCUGAGGUUUUAGAAGGGUUUCUCUUCCUCUGUCCGUACGCCACCUUAACCACGCAUAGAGAAGAAGAAGGAAAAAAAGAUGGGGUCUUUGACAAAUGGGGUGGAGAGAGGAAGUACCCAUAUGAGAGAGAAAGAUGAACCAGAAGAAGUGGAUGAGCAUGAACCAAUAUUAAUGGAGCAAAACGAGAGAUUUUGUAUGUUUCCUGUAAGAUAUAAGCAAAUUUGGGAGAUGUACAAGAAGGCUUUAGCCAGCUUUUGGACUGCUGAAGAGGUUGAUCUCUCUCAUGAUGUUCAGCAGUGGAAUACUUUGUCUGAUUCAGAGAAACACUUCAUAAGUCAUGUAUUGGCAUUUUUUGCUUCAUCUGAUGGGAUUGUUUUGGAAAAUUUGGCUGCUCGAUUUCUGAAUGAUGUUCAAAUUCCAGAGGCUCGGGCAUUCUAUGGAUUUCAGAUUGCAAUGGAAAAUAUUCAUUCUGAAAUGUACAGCUUGCUUUUGGAAACGUACAUUAAGGAUUCAAGUGAGAAACAUAGAUUAUUCAAUGCAGUUGAAAACAUUCCUUGUAUCUCUAGCAAGGCUAAGUGGGCUAUGGAAUGGAUUCGCAGUUCCACUUCGUUUGCGGAGCGACUUGUUGCUUUUGCUUGUGUUGAAGGAAUAUUUUUCUCUGGAAGCUUUUGUGCAAUAUUCUGGCUUAAAAAGAGGGGAUUAAUGCCAGGCUUGACAUUCUCAAAUGAGCUUAUUUCUAGAGAUGAAGGACUCCACUGUGAUUUUGCUUGUCUUCUGUAUAGUUUAUUGCGAAACAAACUACCUUGGGAAAAAGUUCUUCACAUUGUAGGCAAAGCUGUUGAGAUUGAGACAGAAUUUGUUUGUGAGGCCCUCCCAUGUGCAUUGAUUGGCAUGAACUCAGCACUGAUGAGCCAGUACAUAAAAUUUGUUGCAGAUCGACUUUUGGCUGCACUGGGAUGCCAGAGAAAGUACAAUGUGGAAAAUCCUUUUGAUUGGAUGGAGUUUAUUUCUUUGCAAGGAAAGGCAAACUUCUUCGAGAGAAGAGUGGGUGAUUAUCAGAAGGCAUCUGUAAUGCCAAGCCUUCAAGGUGGUGAAAGAAACUUCGUCUUCAAGCUGGACGAAGACUUUUAGUCGUCAUAUCACAGUGUUGCAAGUUUCACAAGUUUCAUAGAGAAGCUCAAAUCAGCAUCAAAUUUUGUUACAUUCCUUUCCUUAUGUCAACAACAUAUUAUCUACCAUUCUACCUCAGAUCUAAAGCCAUUCAAAAGGUGUCAUAUCAUGCCAUAAUCUGAAGUGAGUAUCUAUAAAGUUUAGUGUCCUUAAACUUAUUAUAUACACAUAAAUUUUGGAUCUAUAUAUACUACUGUUCUUGUAUCAAUAUAUAAUAAUUCUUUCUUUUGUCCUAA